AUGUACUCGGUCAUACAGUCCGCUUUCGAUGAAGGUGCACCAGGAGUCAAAAUGCUGAUCUUAAAGCGGCCCACCAGGCUCGACUUGGGGCGUGCUUAUCUUUUCAAAGCGGCUAAAAGGCUGCAAGAAGACAUGUCGGAAGCUUUUAAAUCGCGGGCGCACCCCUUCUACGAUGACGGGAAGAAGGUCGUUGACUACACAUCGAUCAACUGGGCUUCGCAAAUCUCCCUGAAAGCCCUGCGCAAAGAGGUCAAUGAAAGGACGGCAGGCAGGUGGGCCGUCAUCAUCGCUGCGUGCGAUGUGGAGGCUGUCGGCGAGGUGAAGAGAGUGGUUCGGGAGCACAACAGCGCAAAAGAGCUGCAAGGAUCUCAUGGGCGAGCAAAGUUUGCUUUCAUGCCGCUUUUCGAAGAGCCCCCGAGGACCCCUAAGGGCGUGAAGCGGUACGGAUGGUAUUCGUUCUACCGCUUCUCUGUGAUGGCCAAAAUGCAGAUUGCUGUGGACGAGGGGGCCACCAGACUGAAGCUGUUGGGCAUCCAGCCAGAUGUGGGCAAUGCCAUGACGCUGCUCGAGUAUCCCGCUCUGGAGGAGGAUCUGACUGAGGCAAGAUGGAAUGGCAAGUACCCCUUCAUUGACGUAGGUGGCGCAAAGUUGCUUUUGGAAGACUUCACCAUGGGACGCAUCCGGCUCGAGAACUUUCGUGAAUCCAUGUACCAGCACACCAACGACGCUGUCAUCAUUGUUUCUGCAACCGAUGCUGAUGGAACGGAAGCCGCCAAAGUCUUGCAAGAGUUUUAUGCCCGACACGAAGGCACCCGACGACAGGUGAUGCGCGCUUGGGCCAUCGUCGCAGACUCGUACCGGGAUGCACCCAGCGACCCAGGCUCGCAGAGCCAUCCUCCGAUGCAGCAUCGCAAUUCCAACGAAGAAACUUGCAAAGCCGCGACCUCCAAGCAGGCUGAAUAUCUUUUCGCCGCAGCCAAAAAGCUGCAUAUACAUAUGGUGGAAGCUUUCAAAUCCAAGAAGCACCCCUUUGACGACGCCGGAGAGAUGGUCCUGGACUUCCAAAAAAUAGAUUUUUCAUGCGGAAUCGCCCUGAAAGACCUGAGCGAAGUGAUCAACAAACAAACGGCAGAUGGGUGUGCCGUCAUCAUUGCUGCGUGCGACGUGAAGGAUGUCGGCAAGGUGAAGAGAGCGGUUCGGGCGCACAACAACGCAAAGGAACUGCAAGGAUCUCACGGGCGUGCAAAGUUCGCUUUCAUGCCGCUAUUCGAAGAUUCCCCAGCGCGUGAGAUCGAGGGCAUCGGGCAGUACAAGUGGUAUUCCUUCUACCGUUUCUCGGUGAUGGCCAAAAUGCAGAUUGCUGUGGACGAGGGGGCCACCAGACUAAAGCUAAUGGGCAUCCAGCCAAAUGUGGACAAUCACGUGACAGUCCAGGAAUAUCCCACUCUCGAAGAGGAUCUGGCUGAAGCAAGAAGCAAGCGGAAGUAUCCCUUCAUUGAUAUAGAUGGCGAAAGCUUGCUUCUGGGGACAGACGACUUCGCCAUGGAGCGCAUGCAGCUUGAGAACUUUCGUGAAUCCUUGCAGCAGAACACCAAUGAUGCUGUCAUCAUUGUUUCGGCAACCGAUGCGGAUGGAAGGGAAGCCACCGAACUCUUGCAAGCAUUCCACAGAGACACCCGACGACAGGCAGCAAAAAGAACGCGAACGAAGCAGGCAGAUGCGGGAGAUCUAUACGAAUCCGAAUAUUGGUAUUCCCAUUAUCGACAUGCGAUGUACUCGAUCAUACAGUCCGCUUUCGAUGAAGGUGUACCAGGAGUCAAAAUGCUGAUCUUAAAUCGGCCCACCAAGCCCAAGUUAAGGAAUACUUAUCUUUUCAAAGCGGCUAGAACGCUGCAAGAAGACAUGUCGGAAGCUUUUGAAUCGCAGAGGCAUCCCUUCUACGAUGACGGGAAGAUGGUCGUUGACUACAAAAAGAUCAACUGGGCUUCGCAAAUCUCCCUGAAAGCUCUGGGCAAAGAGAUCAACGAACGAACGGCAGACGGUGUUGCCGUCAUCAUUGCUGCGUGCGACGUGAAGGAUGUCGGCGAGGUGAAGAGGGUGGUUCGGGAUCACAACAGCGCAAAAGAACUGCAAGGAUCUCAUGGGCGAGCAAAGUUUGCUUUCAUGCCGCUUUUCGAAGAGCCCCCGAGGCGUGAGGGCAAGGGCGUGAAGCAGUACGGAUGGUAUUCGUUCUACCGCUUCUCUGUGAUGGCCAAAAUGCAGAUUGCUGUGGACGAGGGGGCCACCAGACUGAAGCUGUUGGGCAUCCAGCCAGAUGUGGGCAAUGCCAUGACGCUGCUCGAGUAUCCCGCUCUGGAGGAGGAUCUGGCUGAGGCAAGAUCGAAGGGCGAGUACCCCUUCAUUCAUCCUGAUGGCAAAAAGUUGCUUCUGGAGACUGAAGACUUCGCCAUGGAGCGCAUCCGGCUUGAGAACUUUCGUCCACAAAGCUUCUUGGACGAGCAGACCAACGAUCUGGGUUCUGUGAUAAUUGUUUCGGCAACCGACACUGAUGGAAGGGAAGCCGCCAAAGUCUUGCGAGCAUUUCAUGCCCGACACAAAGGUGCCCGCCAGGUGAUGCGCGCUUGGGCCACCGCCACAGACCAGUACGCUGAUUUACCCGACGUGCCGUACCUUGAUAUCGACCCGCGACCGGUGAUGCGUGCUUGGGCCGUCGUUGCAGACUCGUACGCGGAUGCACCCGGGGACCAUGGCUCGCAGAGCCAUGCUCCCAUGCAGCAUCGCAAUUCCAACGAAGAAACUUGCAAAGCCGCGACCUCCAAGCAGGCCACGACGGUUUCUGUUGAUGAGAUCCUUGUCAGCUUCGCAGCGGACAAGGAUGACAGCAACUUCGCAGAGAUCCUGGAGCCAGAUUUGCGAAGUAGCAGCAGGGGAGAGGUUCCGAAGGUGCAGGACGACGCGGUGGUCUUGCAACUUUCCGAGCCGGACAUGCUUGAAGAUACGGAGCCGCCGCCGGAGGCUGGGCAUCCUCACUCGAGGCAGGCCGCGGAGGUGCAUCCUCAGGAGGUUACUAUGUACUGUGGAAAUCUACUGUGCAGCGCACCGUGA